AUGACAUUGUCUUUCGCUUCUUCUUCCAACCUUUUGACGUCAGAAGAAGACACAUACAAACUAGAUACCUUAAUAUGUUCAUAUCUAUCUGAUUAUCUAUCUAUCCGAGGUCCAAUUUCAUUCCUUACUUAUGCAUCAAGCUAUCUUAAUCUGUUCAUAUCUAUCUAUCUAUCGAUGUCAGUCUGUUCAUAUCUUUCUUUCUAUCUCAUCCUGUUCCUAUCUAUCUAUGUAAGUCUGUUUCUAUCUAUCAAUCUAUGGUUUUUUUUUCUAUCUAUCUAUCUAAGUCUGUUCCUAUCUAUGUAUCUAGCUAUCUCAUUCUGUUCCUAUCUAUCUUGUAAGUUUGUUCCUAUCCAUCUAUCUAUCUCAUUCUGUUCCUAUCUAUCUAUGCAAGUAUGUUCCUAUCUAUCUAUCUAUCUAUCUAUCUAUCUAUCUAUCUAUCUAUCUCAGUAUGUACCUAUCUAUCUAUCAAUCUCAUUCUGUUCCUAUCUAUGUAAGUCUGUUCCUAUCUAUCUAUCUAUCUAUCUAUCUAUCUAUCUAUCUCAUUCUGUUCCUAUCUAUCUAUCUAUCUAUCUAUCUAUCUAUCUCAUUCUGUUUCUAUCUAUUCAUCUUCUAUCUAUCUAUCUAUCUAUUCAUCUAUCUAUCUAUCUCUUCUGUUUCUAUCUAUCUAUCUAUCUAUCUAUCUAUCUAUCUAUCUAUCUAUCUAUCUAUCUAUCUCAUUCUGUUUCUAUCUAUCUAUCUAUCUAUCUCAUUCUGUUUCUAUCUAUCUAUCUUAGUCUUUUUUGUAAAUGUCGAUCUUCUUCAGUCUCUUUGUGUAUCUCUGCACAUUAA